AUGUUGUAUUGGCAGGCGGAACAUUCUGAUAGUGAUGUAGAUUGGAAUACAGAUGAUGAAAUCGAUAACUACGAUUCAUCUUUUCAUGACGAUUCUAUGUCUGAAACCUGGAUUCAAACCAACGUAGCUCAUGUGGGAAUUUCCGAUGAGACAGUGGCUAAGUUUAUUGAUAUGGGAUUCUCGGCCGAAAUGAUUGGUAGAGCGAUUGAAGAAAUCGGCGGAGAGAAUCCGGAUCAUAUGGUGAUACUUGAAACUCUAAUCAAGCAUUCUAGAAAUUCUGAAGCCAGUUCUUCCAAAUCUACUGUUAUAGAUUAUCUGAUUGGUAUGGGUUUUUCUGAGGAUUUGGUGAUCAAAUUUGUACAAGAAUAUGGAGAGGAAAAUGUAGAUGAAAUAACAAAUGCACUCCUAAGUUAUGCAGAGGCUAAAAAAUUGAGUGAAGCACAGGAUGAGGACAUCAACAAUGGUCUAUCAUCCUUAGAUGAAGAGAUGGAACUAAACUCAUCACAUGAAGAUGGCAGAUUGCAAACUUUGAUCAAAAUGGGCUAUCCAAGGGAAGAAGCUUCUACAGCUAUAGAGAUAUGUGACUCUGCAGGAGAAAAGGCAAGUGUGGGAGAAGUCAUUGAUUUCAUUUUGGCUGCUCGGAUGGCACGACAAUUUGAUGAGUCUUAUGUAAAGCCUGAUGAAGAAAAGCCGAUAACUAAUACCAAGAAGAGACGCUCAGUUAAUGACCAACCGAGAAGGAGCAUGCCGAACACUACCAUGUGCGGUGAUGAAGUGCGUCUACCGAACCCAAUGAUUGGGUUUGGUGUACCUAACCAACCUGGGCUUAUGACGCAGAGACCAGAACCAAUUCCGGAUAUCGCUCGUGGGCCGCCCUAUUUUUAUUAUGAGAAUGUCGCAAUGGCACCUAAAGGUGUUUGGACCACAAUCUCCCGGCAUCUCUAUGGUAUCAAGCCUGAGUUUGUGGACUCCAUGUACUUCUGUGCAGCUGCAAGGAAGAGAGGUUAUAUUCAUAACCUUCCGAUUCAUAAUAGAUUUGCGAUAGAGCCUCGGCAACCAUAUACUAUUCAAGAAGCAUUUCCUUUGUGCAAGAAGUGGUGGCCCACUUGGGAUAAAAGAACGAAGUUGAACUGUUUGCGAACUGGCAUCAGCGGUAGUGCCAAGGUCACGUACAAAAUACGCUCAGAUCUUGAGGAACAUGAUGGAGAUCUAAAGGUGCAGAAAUCUGUCGUCGAUCAAUGCAGGAAAUUCAAUUUGGUCUGGGUCGGUAAAUACAGAGUUGCACCGCUUGAACCUGUUGAGAUAGAAAUGCUUCUUGGUUUCCCGAAAUAUCAUACUAGAGGAGGAGUUAGUUUCACUGAUCGCUACACGUCUCUAGGUAACUCAUUUCAGGUUGAUACAGUUGCAUAUCACUUGUCUGUCCUUAAGCCCUUGUUCCCGAAUGGAAUAAAGGUUCUGUCACUCUUCACGGGCAUAGGCGGUGGAGAAGUUGCACUGCACCGCCUUGGAAUUCCGAUGAAAUUAGUUGUGUCUGUUGAGAUUUCUAAGGUGAACAGAGAUAUACUGCGUAGUUUCUGGGCCAACACUCGUCAACAUGGCGUUCUAAGAGAGUUCAUAGAUAUUGAAGAGCUUCGCCACAGUAUGAUUGAGAAGCUUAUGGACGAGUAUGGAGGAUUUGAUCUUGUCAUAGGCGGUAGCCCAUGUAACAACAUUUCAGGAGCUAAUCGGGUUAGUCGUAUCGGACUUGAAGGAGCCGAGUCUUCACUGUUCUUUGAGUAUAGCAGGGUUUUGGAGGCUGUUCGCUGUAAAGCAGCAAGGAUGAGGAGAUGAGUAUAUCUCCUUUUGUAGAUCACUUCUUACAUGAGUUUGUGUCCAAAAAUUAGGAGAAAAAGGUAGAAUUAAGUAUAAUUGUAUCUAAUCACAUCCUUAUCUCAAUACUAUUCAUAAGAUCUUGGCUGUGGAGAAGUUGGUUGCGUCUUGAGUUUGAGUUCUUGAUGUAAGUUAGCUUUGUGCGGUUGAUAGUUUAAGAGUUUGGUAUGUACAUCAGGUUCAAGGAGCAAGCACAUCAUCAUCUUGAAUUUGAGUUCUUCAUCUAAGUUAGCGUUGUACAUAAGAGAUAGAUUGAUACUGUUAAGAUUUGUGCUUAUGAGCUUUGAUUUUCCAUCAUUCUUUUGACUGAUUCCUCAAAGUCACACAAUUUUGAUUUCUCCUCUGUUUCUUCUUUGGUAAAGUUAGAUUAAGACCCGAGAGCUCCGGGACUCGUUGUAUGAAUCGUAUAGAUGAUCCUAAUUCCAUAUUCCAUCCGUAC